GAUGGACAGACUGCGCUGCACGUGUGUGUGAUGAGUGAGAGAAGGGACAAGCCGGAGGUGUUGAGGAUGUUACUGGAGCACGGGGCAGACGUCAAUGACAGGACUACCGGUCAAGAAAACACUGCCCUUCACCUGGCCGUCAUGUACGGAACUUUCCCGAAGGAUUUCGACACGGUCAUGGUUUUCCUGGAAUCCAACAUGGACCUCAGUCAGCGGAACAAGCCCUACAUCAUCGAGGCAGUCCUAGACAGCGACGAGCAGAAGUUACACGCCAGCCUGGACAUGGGAGGUGACCCCAACCUGGUGAACAAGCACAAGGCCGGAGCCAUCCACUACGCCGUCACACACUCUCACCUCCCCAUCUACGACACGCUCAGCACACUCCUACAGCACGGCGCCAGCCCAGACCUCAGGGACGAGGACGGCAAAGAUGCAAUUGCGCUGGCAGAAGACAGAGGCUACGAUGAUGUCAUAGCAAUUCUCAGAGCGGAUGGCCUGUACCCGCUCCACGUGGCGACCACCAUAGAGCCUGAGGUGCGGAGACACACGCGCGUCAACGCUCUCCUUGAGCAGGGCGCCACUGUCAGCGCACAGACACUCACGGCAAGACGGCGUACGAGAUAGCCGAGGAGUUGGGCCACGGGUCUGUCGUGGAAGCGAUCGAGGAGAAACAGAAAGAGGUGCAAGACAACUGGAAGAGGGCGGGGAAGAAGGCAAAGUUCUGUACUAUCUUGUGACCAUCUUGUGACCAAGGCAAAGUUCUGUACUAUCUUGUGACCAAGGCAAAGUUCUGUACUAUCUUGUGACCAAGGCAAAGUUCUGUACUAUCUUGUGACCAAGGCAAAGUUCUGUACUAUCUUGUGACCAAGGCAAAGUUCUGUACUAUCUUGUGACCAAGGCAAAGUUCUGUACUAUCUUGUUACCAUCUUGUGACUAAGGCAAAGUUCUGUACCAUCUUGUGACCAAGGCAAAGUUCUGUACUAUCGUGUGACUGGCUUGUCACGCUGUUUGUCCUUCUCUCUCUUUUUCAUUCCCACUCUCUCUCUCCCCCCCUCCCCCCUUCACAUUUCCCUUCCUGUCUCUAUUUUUGCUUGAUAUUAUUUAUAAUCCAGAAAACAUUUGAUUAUUUCUAGGUGACGGUGUCCAUAAUGCCAUUAUUUCAAAGUGAUGCACGCUGUUCAAUGGUUUGCUUUUUUCACAUGCAUCACAAUUUGGUGAUUUUCUUUUGCUGUUCUUUGCUGCUCCAAACUACAACACAUAGGGGCCUGCGUGUAUCUGUUUGACACUCGCCCACUAUGUCGCUAAUAUGACUGUGCUUUCUGUUGCUACAAAUAUCAUUAUACAUUAUUGAAUUUAACGAAUGACGCAGAAAUAUAGGCCUACUUGUUUCUGUUUUACCCAGAAUGUGCCAAGAUUGAUUGGAGAAAAUGUUUCGUUCUGUUGACAAAGGCUUGUGUUCUGGCUCACAUUGUUCAAGAUGUGUUGUAGCUUGUGUUCUGGCUUGUAUUGUUCAAGAUGUGUUGUAGCUUGUAUUGUUCAAGAUGUGUUGUAGCUUGUAUUGUUCAAGAUGUGUUGUAGCUUGUGUUCUGGCUUGUAUUGUUCAAGAUGUGUUGUAUAGAGCUACAUUAAACACUUGUGGAAGUCAAAA